AUGGCAUCGACAAUGCUCUCUCCCCGCUCAACCCUUGACAGUACUGGAUACGAUCUUGUGCCUCUUGAGAUGCCACCGUGGCAAGACGAAGUUUGUUUAUAUGGCUACGUUCUGAAAAAUCAUGAUUUUUGCAACCCGAAAGACGACCACAAUUUUGACCUAAUCUUCGCUUCUCUCCGACGACGCGCUUUUGCUUAUGCUCAUCUCGACUCUUACCCAACCAUCAUUUUCCUCGCCGUGUGGAGUCCAACGACACGCCGCAUCUGCAGCGCCGCAAACGGCGACGACAAAAUUCCGGCUCCUUCGGAACUGCGGGCAAUGGAGCAAGAGAUAGCACUAACUGGCGAGCGGCCCCAUUGGUUUUUAAAUGAUGGUAGAAUCUUCAAUGAACAGAAUACUGUCGAUGAUUUUAUUGAACGUGAGCUGGCACGGAGGCUCCCUCCACCUCCCUCGCUCCUCAGUGUUUUGGGAAUCAAUCGCACAUUUCCUUGGUUCUCCAAAGAGCAGCUCACCCCAAUACCGCGCGUACCGGACCCAAAGCGGAUUUGGCUUUACGGCUACAAGCUGCUCAAGGCAUCCAGCUCUGCAGGCCCGCUCGCAAUGUUCGGCUCCUCCACGCUGCGGAAGUACUUUGUCUAUCACAGAGUGCUGCGUCCCCACACUCUGGUGCUCUACCUCGCGAUGUACAGCCCUUACACACAACGGUACCUCAGCAUAUCGAACGGCGAUGACAGAAUUCCCUGGGAACACAUGCUGAGAGCAUUGGAGAAGGAUUUGACACUCGAUGAGCCGCCGGAGUGGUUUGAAGCAGAAGACUGGCUGGACCCGUUCGGUGGAUCAGUAGAUGGUAAGCUACAUGUUGUUCUUUUCUGCUUUCAUUAA